AUACCGGCUUCCUUGGCUGUUCGGCCACGAUCUCGCUCGCAGAGUUUGCACGGUGCUCGCUACGUUUGGCCGUUGGUCGAGAUUAAGUAGUAUUCCCGUUUGUAUCUCCGAUCGAGGAUCGAUCUCGAACGGCGUUUGCUGUGAUCAUCAAGUUAAGAGUUAAAUCAAGAGAGCAAACAUGUGCGACGAGGAGGUUGCCGCGCUCGUAGUCGACAAUGGAUCCGGUAUGUGCAAGGCCGGUUUCGCCGGAGAUGACGCUCCCCGCGCCGUCUUCCCGUCAAUUGUCGGCAGGCCGCGCCACCAGGGUGUCAUGGUUGGCAUGGGACAGAAGGAUUCCUACGUCGGCGACGAGGCCCAGUCCAAGAGAGGUAUCCUGACGCUGAAAUACCCGAUCGAGCACGGUAUCGUCACCAACUGGGACGACAUGGAGAAGAUCUGGCAUCACACAUUCUACAACGAGCUGCGAGUCGCUCCCGAGGAACACCCGGUUCUUCUCACCGAGGCUCCGUUGAAUCCAAAGGCCAAUCGCGAAAAGAUGACUCAGAUCAUGUUCGAGACGUUCAACACCCCAGCGAUGUACGUCGCGAUCCAGGCUGUGCUGUCGCUGUACGCGUCCGGUCGUACCACCGGUAUCGUGCUGGACUCUGGUGACGGCGUUUCCCACACCGUACCGAUCUACGAGGGAUAUGCCCUGCCGCACGCCAUUCUGCGUUUGGACUUGGCCGGUCGCGACCUGACGGACUACCUUAUGAAGAUUCUCACCGAGAGGGGAUACUCCUUCACAACCACGGCCGAGCGUGAGAUCGUCCGUGACAUCAAGGAGAAGCUCUGCUACGUCGCGCUCGAUUUCGAGCAGGAGAUGGCCACGGCGGCCUCCUCCUCCAGCCUGGAGAAGAGCUACGAGCUCCCCGACGGCCAGGUCAUCACCAUCGGCAACGAGCGAUUCCGUUGCCCCGAGGCUCUCUUCCAGCCCUCGUUCUUGGGUAUGGAAGCGUGCGGCAUCCACGAGACCACGUACAACUCGAUCAUGAAAUGCGACGUCGACAUUCGUAAGGAUCUGUAUGCCAACACUGUCCUGUCCGGUGGCACCACCAUGUACCCGGGUAUCGCCGACAGGAUGCAGAAGGAGAUCACUGCCUUAGCCCCGUCAACCAUGAAGAUCAAGAUCAUUGCUCCGCCUGAGAGGAAAUACUCCGUAUGGAUCGGUGGAUCGAUCCUCGCGUCGCUGUCCACCUUCCAGCAGAUGUGGAUCUCGAAGCAGGAAUACGACGAGUCUGGGCCCUCCAUCGUCCACAGGAAGUGCUUCUAAGCGCGCUCUCGAUCGUAUAUUAUCAUCACUCCCCGAUCCCUGAGACUUCGAGAGAUAGAGAGAGAGAAAUAAAGAGAGAGAGAGAGAGAGAGAAGGCCUUCUGUCUCGUUUCGCAGGCGGACGUAACAUCAACUUCCGCGACAAUUGCCCUUUGGUUCCUCCGGGGCGAAGGUAGCUUCUUUCAAUUCGAAUAUAUAGUGGGGUGAAAUGAAUCGUUGAAUAAUCUACGCUUAUUGAAGUCGAUAUACGUCAAUUACCUACCAACAUGCUAAAUAAUUUUUUAUUAUACGUUUAAACAUUGAAUGGCAUUAUAAAUGGAAGUAUAUUCAAGCAGAUUCCGAGCGCGCAUUGGACGUUAUCACAGCGUGUUGAAAACAUCGAUCUGUACUUGGUAUGUUGGCAACUGGUAUAUCGACGACAAUAAGCCGACCAUUAGCCAACGAUUUACUUCGCUGCGCUGUAUGUGUUUAAGAUACGCGUGUUUUUUAAGCGUGUUCGAUUAAACGAUAUAGGAGAGGGAGAGAGAGAGAGGAGCUCACGGUAUAUCGCCCUCUUUCCGCGAUUGUUCCUCGGUCUCGGCGGCAACCCAAAAAAAAUAAUAACGGCGGUUCGUUCUUGCUCGUUUAAAGCGUGAUCAUUUCUCAUCGUUCUUCUCAUCGAUUCGAUUUAACGACACUUGUAUGAACGUGUGACCCCCCCCCCCACCUUGGAUUUCUCAAACGCCUUUUUCUACCUUGUCGAAUGUCCUUUGUAUCAUAUAUAUAAAUAUAUAUUCGGAUAACUUGCGGUAGCACUUAGAGCUCGGGUAUUUCUCGCGAGACAUCCCUUCUCUCGAUGCGUGCGGAACCGCUUCCUCUCCCCGUCAGACUCGUCGCUCCCGUUGUAACGCGUGACGCUUCGAUUGCCAUUCCCCUACAAUUCGUGGAUUCGAGCAAGAAACGUUCGCGAGGGUGGAACUCCGAGGUUUCUGUCGCGGGGAAGAAAAUCGUCGGGAAAGAACAGAAAAAUCGUAUCCUUCCCGCGGAAAGAGACGGUGGAGUCCGAACGUCAAAGUAAUGGCAAUCAAUGUCGAUUAAUGCAUUCCGAUCAGUGUGCGGUAUUUGUAAGGGACGCUUACGUCAAUGCUGAAUAUACAUUGUACGCUACUCCACGCAGAGAGAGAUGAGCCUCCGACUUCUUACGUGUUUAUUUUUUUAUUACCAUUUGCCUAUCGUUGAGGGAAAAGAUGGCCUUCCUUUUUUUUGUCGUGUCUUCUUUCUUUCUUCUUUUUUCACACGAUGGGGUGGACCGCUGAUCCAGAUUAAAAAGUCCUACGAACGCUCGCUCAACAAAAUGGUAAACAAAACGAAAGACACCACGGUUUCGACCCCGCAAGCGUAGCCAAAGUAUUAUAAUUUAUUCCCAUUGUAUUACGCAAGACCAUUCACGUACACAUCUUAAAGACUACUUUAGACUUAUGGGAUUAUAAAAUAAAAGUCUGAAAAACAUUAUUGUCUCUAUGGCUGUUGUAUUUCUCUUUGUAAUCGCAAUCAUCCGCCGCAUCCUCUCGUGGCUCUCCCUGAUCCAAUGCAUUUUUCACCCUCUCGUCCCUUUAUGAGCAAUAACGCGCAUGUAAUUGUACAACCAUCACCUCUUCGUCUUCAUUAUGUUUAUUAACUUCUUUUUUUUUAUAUAUAUUAUAAUAUAGCUUUUGUGGCGAUUCAAAUGGCAUUGUCUAUAGAAAUGCGAUGCAGUUACUUUAAGAUUUUUAAGUUUAUAAUUCUUCAAUGAAAUAAAUGUUAUUUUCAA